GAUGCUACUACAGGCGUUAUCAAAAUUACUUAUGCAGAUUCCAAAAUUGCCGAACGUGUCCUAGCCCAAGAAAACCUGAUUCUCGAGGGUGCACCAAUACGUGUCUGUCGGCCCCAGCCAGAUAAAGCAGAUGACACAGCUGGCAACAUAAUGCAGGAAGAUAGCAUGGUUAUCAAUGCAAUAGUGGUUCAUGGAAUACAUCAGACAACAUCUGAUGACACAAUCGAGUUGUUUUUUGAAAACAAACGGAAAUCUGGAGGUGGUGAAAUUGCAAAAUUGGAAAGGAAUCCCUUGACAGAAGAUGUGACAAUCACCUUUGUAGAUCCAGAAGUUGCUGACAGAGUAUUAGAAAGAGGUCUCCUCAAACUUGAAGGAGCCACACUGACCAUAUGCAGGCUGACACCACCAGAACCAGUCAGGUCCGUAGAAAUUCGCGGCUUUCAUCAAAACACCUCAGAUGACAGCUUAGAGAUGUUGUUUGAAAGUAAAAAACGCAGUGGUGGCGGUGAGAUUGAGGACAUCAACAUUGAUAGAGCAUCUGGUGUUGCUGUUAUUACCUAUAAAGACCAUGAAGUUGCUGCACGUGUCAUUCAGCACGGGGAGUCUCCUGGGACGAUACUAGAUGGAAACAGGCUCCACGUGGAAUGGCCCUGUGAAAAGAGUGCUCCUUCAGCUAUAGGAGGGACAAGAAGUGAAGACAACCAAGUGGAAACACCUAAACUUGACACCAUCAGAGUACAUGGUUUUCACCAAGAGAGCACGACUGAGAGCUUGACACUUUUCUUUGAGAACAGAAAACGUUCAGGUGGUGGUCCCGUUCAGAAUAUAACAAUGAAUGAAGAUAAAACUGAGGCCCUGAUAACAUUUCCGGAUCCUGAAGUUGUGAACAGGAUAUUACAGAAGUGGGAACAGACUGGACUGACAUUAGAUAAAAGUAGUCUAGACAUAGCAGCAGUUCAGCCCCCUCCUCCUGUCACAUAUGACUUGCAGAAGGUCUGUUUCAAGAAGGUGGGCGUAAAUGUAACAACAGACCUCCUAGAAAAUUUCAUCGAGGCAAAAACCAGCUACAGUGUUGAGAACAUUACUUUUGGGGCUAUCCCUGGGACUGUCCUAGUUGCAUUAAGUGAACCAAUAACAGACUUUGAUAACUUUAAAGCCAAUUGCUCGAAAAAGAAACUUGAAGGAAGUAAUCUUGUCGUGGAAAGAGUUCCCCUUACAACUAGUAUCCAGGUUCACAAACUUCCUCAAAAUAUCACAGAGGAUGCGCUCGAGAAUUAUUUUGAGAACGAGAAGAAAAGUGGUGGUGGUGGAGUCAGUGUGGUUCAUAUGGCUUCAGAUUCAGCCUCCGCCAUCGUGACUUUUGAUAACCCAGAAGUUGUAGACAGAGUUUUAAAAAAGAAGCACAUAUUGAACAAGACCCAUGUAAAGGUAUCCAUAUACCAUGAGUGCCUUGGGAUUCUUCCCCCUGGACAUGACCCGAGCAAACCCUAUUUACCUCUACCCAAACCAAUUCAAUUGGAAAAUGUUGAAUACGGAUUGGUAGAGUUCAUCAAAGGCAUUAAAAGACAUCGUUCUGCGGCUGAACAAGCGUUUGCUGAUGUGAGUGCCCGCAUACAAUGGCCUCAGAAUCCAGCAUCAAUGCCCAGUGUCACCUGUGCGCUAUCUCAACAGUCUCCAAAUUAUAGAGAAGCUGCAGAAACAUGGGAAAGGAAUGUGAGGGAAGUUAUGAAUAAGGUUUUCAAGGAAGAGUUUGUGUACAAAGAGUUUUCCACUCUUCAGGCAAUAUGGGAGAAAACCAACCAAGCUCUCUCAUUGCUACCGAAUCCAGAAAACGACAAUUAUCGUCUGCAAACUGAAGACCAGACCUGUGUCAUACGAGUGAUGGGGGAGGCAGGUAUAGCCAAUGAGGUGAUUCAGAAAAUUACACAGAUACAGAAACAACUUGAUGAGCAAAUGCGACGAGAUGCAUUGGUUGUGAAGGAAAAGAAAACUCUGAAGCUGUUUCAACUUCGGUACCUAUUGGCAAUACAGUACAAAAAGAUUGCUAAACAGAUGUUCCCCGAUAUGAACAUCAGUAUUGAUCAGGAUAGUAGGAUGCUUCAUCUAAAAGGCAUGCCAGAUGACGUAAACAAAGCUAUGAUAGAUGUUUAUGAAAGAAUAAACGCCCUACUACACCAGACCUUCAAGUUGCCUCCAGCGUCUAUGCUGUUAAUGGGAACCAAAGAAUGCCGAGAACAUCUUGUGGAUCUGUUCCGCCGGGAAAGUUUGGAUGCAGUGUGGGUUGUCGGAAGUGAUGAGGUUUCAGUACAUGCAACAAAGCAAGACGAGAUCACUCAUGCUUGUCAGAUCAUCAAGCAAAACAUAAUUGAAACCCCGGUUUCAAUCAAAGAUGGUAGCCAGGGGAUUUUGAACACAGAAAAGUGGCACGCAACAGUUGAUCAGCAAGAAAAGUUGUAUCCUGGGUUGUGUAGAAUUAUACCCAAAGCAGACAAUAGUUCCGUAACUAUUGUGGCUGUGAAAAGUGUAUCUGGCAACGUCCUAGAAUGUGUUUCUGAUUUCCUUACCUUCAACACAGUGGUUGAAGAAUUUAUGAAAAUGGAAAGAGGAAAAGUUACAUUCCUUGUAGAGCGAAGGUUAAAAAGAUUAAGAGAGAUUGAGAAGGAAAAUGCGGAAAACCAAGUGAAAAUAAAAUGGGGAAAGUCCGGAAAGAGCAGCGGAUUUCUUGUACAAGGGAAUCAACCCGGAAUCAUCGCCACAACUCGAAAACUACGCGACCUUUGCCUGAAAAUCGAGUCUGAAAUUAAAGAAAUAAAUAAACCGGGGAUGCCAAAGUAUAUACUCUCCCAACGAGGAAAGGACUUUCUAGAAAACGUGGAAACAAAACACGACUGUACAAUUGAUGUCCCGUCGAGUUCUGGGCCAGCCGAGGAGGAUGGUGACUUUGUGAUCGUUGACAGUUCAGACAUAAACCAGAAAGUAGUGGCUCACAUUAAGACACCAGAUAAUUGUGUAGUGGCCAUUCAUAGAGAUGAUCUUACGCAGCAACAUGUGGAUGUAAUAGUUAAUGCAGCAAACAGAGACAUGGCCCACAUUGGAGGUUUAGCCAAAGCAAUCGUGGACGCAGGUGGCCAAAGUAUCCAAGAUGAAUGCUCUGCCUAUACCGGGAAGCACGGAGCCCUUCUUGAUGGACAAGUCUUCGCCUCUUCGGCAGGCAAACUGCCCUGCAAGAAAAUCCUGCAUGCUGUCGGUCCAGUGUGGCGUGGAGGAAAUAAUAAUGAAGAGAACCUUCUAUAUGAGGCAGUGUACAACUGUCUGGAUGAAGCAACAAAAAUGAAAUUCAAAGCCAUCUCUUUUCCAGCACUUAGUGCUGGAGUCUAUCGAUUCCCAAUUGAUAAAUGCUCAGAAGUUAUUCUUGAAGCUAUAAGGGACUUUUUUAAGAACUCCUCAACAUCUAUAACAGAGGUUCGAAUUGUGUCACUGGAGGAACGUGUACUUACGGCAUUUCAGCGAGCUCUACACGGAAUUUUUCCGACUGGCAGUUCUAGAACAGAUGAGGGAGCAAGCUACGAUGGUGGGUAUGGCAGAGUCUCAGCAUCAGUAGGAGCAGGAGAGCACUCACAAUUUACUGGUCUGGAGACAGAGUCCUGUAGUUCAUACUUACCCACUACUGAUCCCCUGACUAUGAACACAAGGGAGAGACUUCUGGUUUCACUCAGAAAGGCAGUUCUUGCACAGGAAAUGGCAGAUAUCAUUGUGAACACUACUAGCAGGGAUCUGAAGUUGGCGAACGGUGCUGUAUCGAAGUCUUUGCUGUCCGCUGGGGGAAACGUUUUGCAGGUCGAAUGUGAUCAGCAGGCACCAAAUGGACUUCAGUUUGGCGACAUUGUUGAAACUUCUGGCGGUAAUUUGAAGUGCAAACGCGUGUUUCAUGGAAGCUGUCUGAAUUGGAGUUCAUCUGGCUCAGAGGAGUGUCUUCGUAAAUUGGUGAAGACAUGCCUUUUUACUGCCGAUAAAGGCAACUACACUUCAAUCGCCAUACCAGCGAUUGGCACUGGCAACUUAGGCUUCCCAAAAGAUGUUGUGGCAAGAGCGAUGUACGAAGAAAUAGCCAAUUUUAGCACAAGUAAACCAGAAACAACUCUCAGAGAAGUGCGUCUUGUGGUGUAUGAUAAAGAUCAUGCCACCGUUGCUGCUUUUGAGGAUGAGAUCAGACAGUUGAAGAGAGGAAGAGGACGUAAGCCCAGAAGACGCGGAAAAGAGAGCAACGAAGAUAUUUCCUCUGAGCGAAGUGGACAUUCAACUUCUAGACGGAAAGCGAAUGGUUUUAAUGAAUUCUCAUUCAGUGAUGUUUUUAUCCAGGUUGUACCAUACUGGGGUAAUACACAGGAUCGUAAAAUCCUUCGUAGCUUCUGGGAUCAAGCCCAUGCCUAUACGGAGCAAUCUUCUUUCCACGUUGUGAUCACCAGCUAUCAGCUGGUCAUCCAGGACAUGAAAUACUUUCAGAAGAUCAAGUGGAUCUAUAUGGUGCUGGACGAGGCCCAGGCAAUCAAGAGUAGCAGCAGUAUCCGCUGGAAGAUGCUGCUUGGAUUCAGCUGUAGAAACAGAUUGCUACUCACUGGAACACCCAUACAGAAUAGUAUGGCUGAGCUGUGGGCUCUUCUGCAUUUUAUCAUGCCUACGCUGUUUGAUUCCCAUGACGAGUUCAAUGAGUGGUUCUCUAAAGACAUAGAGGGAAGCGUGGAGAAAAUGUCUGGCAUGGAUGAAAAUUGCCUGUCAAGACUUCACAUGAUAUUAAAACCCUUUAUGUUGAGAAGAGUGAAAAAAGAUGUAGAAAAUGAGCUCUCUGAUAAGAUUGAAAUCUUAGUGUACUGCCAUUUAACAAGGCGACAGAAGAUCUUGUAUCAGGCCAUUAAAAACAAGAUAAGAAUAGAGGACCUAAUUCAGUCAGCAAUGGCCACAUCAGCAUCUCAAGCACAGAGCACAACAAGUAGUCUCAUGAAUUUAGUCAUGCAGUUUAGAAAGGUGUGCAAUCAUCCAGAGUUAUUUGAACGUAGAGAAGUGAGGAGCCCAUUCCAUUACAAACCAGAGACAUUCAUCUUGCCAAAGAGGAUAUAUAGAGAGUGUUUGAUUGAUCAUGCUCUUCCCAGCAAACAAAGAUUGUUGUAUAAUAUGUUUUGUAUAUACAACCCAGAAAAUGUACACCGUUCAUUGGUUGGCACCAGUGAUGGUCUUGUAAAGAGCGGUUUCUCCUUCCUGAGGUUCAUAGACGUCAGCCCUCAGGAACUUGCAUCUGUGAUGUUAGGAGGACUUCUGGUCAGGUGGUUAGCUUUGUUUUUGUGGCUGAAAUCUGCAAACAGGAUAUACCACCAGCAGCAGUGGCACAGUGAUGAACCAAAAGUCAAGUAUUUAAGCAAUAAGGCAUUCCUCCUAGAACCUCUUCAGACGGUGUAUUUCCCCAGUGUACAGACCAGUCAGCACAUCAAAGAGAUGGUGUUCACUGGCUACAACAACACUGCCCAUGGCUUCCUGGAACACACAUUACACUACAUCCCAGAGACCCCAACCCAUCGUAGAACAAGGCUACGACACUUGCAUUUCCAUGGACAUGCGGGAAGACAACUGGGGUCACCUACUUCUCGGACACCUCGCAGUCCACCUGUCUCUCCGACCAAAACUCUACCUACAUCUCCUACAAAGCGUCAUCAUUCUCACAUUGACUUAGACAGUGCAAUACAUAGACAUCUUCCCAGACCACCCAAGGUGCUCCCCUGUCAGCUGACUGAUGUACCUGCCUUCCUUUACAAUGCAAUGCCAAAGAUUGCCUGUUGCCCAAGGGAGAUCUAUUGCUGUGAUCGCAGUGCAGCAUGGGAACACAUGAGAGCCUCCCUGUGUGGUUCUUUAGACGCACGUAACUCACUGUUGUAUGGCACUCCAGAUGUCUAUGAGCAGGUGCGAUGGGCUAAGUAUUACUUCUAUCCAACUCUUCCAUGUGGAAUGUAUGGGAUCACACCCAAACAUGGAUACUCGGGAAUAUUUGUACCAGACAAGGAGACGUUAGUGACAGAUGCUGGAAAGCUGUCAGUGCUGGAUACUUUACUUCAGAGGUUGAAAUCUGAAGGGCACAGGGUACUGAUCUACUCUCAGAUGACAAGGAUGAUUGACCUGCUGGAGGAAUAUAUGUGGCAUCGCAAACACACUUACAUGAGGUUGGAUGGUUCAUCCAAGAUAUCUGAUCGACGUGACAUGGUGGCUGACUUCCAGACCAGGUCGGAUAUAUUUGUUUUUCUCUUGAGUACCCGUGCUGGUGGCCUUGGUAUCAAUCUGACGGCAGCUGAUACUGUGAUAUUCUAUGACAGUGAUUGGAAUCCUACAGUGGACCAACAAGCCAUGGACAGAGCUCACAGGCUGGGGCAAACCAAACAAGUCACUGUGUACAGACUCAUAUGCAAAGGAUCCAUUGAAGAAAGGAUCCUAGAGAGAGCCAAAGAAAAGAGUGAGAUUCAUCGCAUGGUAAUCAGUGGAGGUUCCUUCCGUCCAGAUACUCUCAAACCCAAAGAAGUGGUGUCUUUACUGCUGGAUGAUUCAGAAAUGACGCGAAAACUGAAACAAAAGCAGGAAGAAAAGAGUCUGAAGCAAGAAAAGUACAAAGUCAAAGACAGAAACAGAAAAAGGGAACAAUAUGCCAAAAAAAAGCAAGAAAAAGGUGAAACUGUACGAAAAAGGAAGAAAGAUAAUUCAGCAUCAGCUGCAGAAGAGUCCAACUUUACUAUCCCAGCAGACAGUGAGUCCAUGUACAGUUGUGACUCUCCUUCCAUCCCACCCAGUCCUGGGAGUGUGGUUUCUGUUGGCAGUGAACAACCGCUGACUAUUGAUGAGAGCAGUAAUGAUGGUGGACUGUUAAUAGUGGAUGAUGCACACUCUACUUUUCCUCCAGUCACAACGCAGGUCACAUCCACUCCAAAGAGAGGGUCUGGGCGACGAGGGAGACCAAGGGGUUCAGGAAUGGGACGCCGUCCCCGGGGUAGGGGAAGUAUCACUAAGGCACUUACAGCAGCUGAGAUUGCAGGGGCAAAAGCAGGGAAGUCUGCAGCAUUUAAGGCAUAUGGCUACAGCUUUACAGGCACAGAGGAGACCUCAAACCAAUCUCAGACAGACUCACAGGGACUAUGAUUGGUUUUUACUGACAUUCAACUCACUUAAAUGGUUACCUCAAUAACACAAAGAUGAACAUUCAUGGAAGGCAAAACUUUUGAUCCCAACAAAGAAAUAAUUCAGUUUCUAUUGCAGUUUGAAGUAUUAACUAUUUAUGAUGUUAUGUAUUAUCACUGCAUUUUGAAUGAGAAGGUGACACGUGCCUUGUUUUUGUUAAAAAAUAAGCAUAGUAUAAAAUUUGACUUUGGGUCAUUUGUGGAAAAGAAAAUGCUCUUGUCUAGAAAAUUUUAUAUUUCAUCAUAAAACAUUAUACCUUUCUGGUAUUUCUUUGAAUAAUUCAUAAAAUCUGGCUCAAAAGUUUGGUAUUUCUAGUGUGAUUAAAAUUUCUAUCGGAAAAGGUGUAAGAGGAUUUUUAAAAAAUUCUUUAAAUUAUUUUGUUUAUGAUUGAAUAUAUUAAGUUGUAUAAGCAACUGUUCCUAUUUUGAACACUAUGCCUUGAAUGCUAUUACACACUGUUGUGCUGAAGAUCUUCCAAGAACUGCAUUUAUUGUUUGAUCAACAGUUCUGUUUAUCUCACAACUCAAUUUAGAGUACGCUCGUAAAAUAAGGCAUAAUUGGGAUUUUUAAAAUUUUUGAUUCAAAAUAAAACUCAUAAAAUUCAUAUUCUA